AUGUCGGAGAGGAAAGUGUUAAACAAGUACUACCCUCCGGACUUCGAUCCGUCGAAGAUCCCCAAGCGGAAACUUCCCAAGGACCGGCAGUCUGGGGUUCGGCUGAUGGCUCCCUUUCAGAUGCGGUGUCGGACGUGUGGCGAAUACAUCUCCCAAGGCAAGAAGUUGAAUGCCCGCAAGGAGACGGUCCCGAAGAAAGUCUCCCUGGGGCUCCCCAUCUUCCGCUUUGACGUCCGGUGCCCGCGCUGCCUGGCAGAUAUCCCCUUCCAGACCGACCCCGGGAACACGGACUCCGCCGUGGGGCAGGGGGCCACCCGCAGCUUGCAAGCGGAGGAGGAGGAGGAGCGGAGGCAGAAGGAGAGGGAAGACGACCCAGGGAAGGGUUUGGAGAACAGAACCAAGGACUCCCAGCUGGAGGUGGAGGUGCUGGAGCACCUGCGGGAGCUGCAGGAGCGGAGCCAGCGCCAGGCCCAGGUGGACUCCCAGUCCCUGCUGCGGCAGUGCCAGGAGGGCGAGAGGGAGGUGACAGCGAUGCUGGCACAAGCCCAAGCCAGGCGACUGCGGGAAGACUCUGGUGCCGACGCAGCCUCCCCUCGGGGCCCCCAUUCUGCCCCAUCCCUUCGUGGUCCACGGAGCCAGUCCCCGGUGGGGACGACGAGCGAGCAUUUCAGGCCCUCUGCUGCGCGUGGCACCUGCAGAUCACCAAAGCAGGGAGGGAACCUUUGGACGGAGGGACUGACCGACCGACAUCUCGUGGUGAGUUUGGCCCAGCUCCCGUCGGCGUUUUGGAAAGAGUGCGGAGUGAUCUGCGGCGUGGAACCGGUGGGGAAACGGACUUUGCACCGUGAGUAA